GGAGCGCGCAUGACAACAGGGAUAACGCUGGAAUCCACGCCGCUGCAGCUCCAGAAACGGAAGCCUUUUAUGCGCCGUGGCUGGCUGCAUCUGGAGGAGAGCGCGCACUGCAAGCUUCCAAAAAUGAAUUCGAUCGAGCCAGACGCACGCCCAACCACAAUCGUUGUUUGAAUCGUAGCAGCAUCACGCGGCGGCAGGGCAGCCCACCUUCCUCCUUGUCGCCGCCUGCUUCAUUCACUCCGCCGGUGCGCGCCGCCCCGCUCCAAUUUCCCACCCAGCCAAUCUCGGCUCUUCCCCCCUCCCCAAGAGGCCAGAUUGCUUCCAUGGACGCCGCCGCCGCCGCCGCCGUCACCACCCUCUCCGCGCUCGCCGUCUUCGCCAGCACGCUCCACCAAGGCGCCGUGCGGAGCGUGCACGGGUACAGGGUCGUCGCGAUGGGAGGGAGGUGCGCGUGGGACCGGUGGGUGGAGCGGGAGUUCGCCUUCUCCCCCACCUCGUGCCGCGAGGUCCCGCUCCCCGCCGCCGCGCCGCGGAUACUCCCGGUCGAGUGGCGCGGCCGCCCGGCGUACCGCGAGGGCCAGGUGCUGGGCGCCUGGCGCUGCAUCCUCGCCUUCGAUUCCAUCGCCGCCGUCCCGCUGCCGCCCAUGCCUCCCCCGAUGCUGUGCCCCUUCCGGAACCCGAGUCUGGUGUUCGUGCCUUCGCUGUACAACGACCUGUACAUGGUGUUUCAGUUUCAGAAAUUUCAACAGGCCCCGGAGCUCGUCAAACGUGAUUCGGAUGAGAAAUCGACCCGUUUGGAUGCAGAGGAUAAAACCUGUGAUGUUGAAGUUAAAGAAGAGUCAGGAUCUGAUUCUGAUGAGGAUCCCCAAUCUGGUGAAGAACUUCCAGCGCAUGCUGAGAGACGCCGGAGAGCCAAGAAGCAGCACAUAGCUAGCAUCACUCUAGUUGACAUAGCCCCGUACUUCCAUCUUCCAAUCAGAGAAGCAUCCAGGGCUCUGAAGAUCGGUGUCAGCAUACUGAAGCAGAAAUGCAGGCAAUACGGAAUACCCCGCUGGCCUCACAGGAAGAUCAAGUCCCUCGAUUCGCUGAUUAGUGAUCUGGAGUUUGUGAUGGACGACACAGAUGGAGAUGUUGUGCAGAAGGAGACUCGCAGGCAGAGGGAGAAGGAGAAAGAGGAGAAGGAGAAGGAGAAGCAGGAGGCGAUCCGAGCGCUGGCUAAGCGGAAGCGAUUGCUGGAGAGCGAGAAGGAGAUCAUCCAGCAGAAGCCUGCCCUGGACCUGAUGGCUGAAACCAAGCUGUUCAGGGAGGACGUUUUCAAGAGGAGAUACAGAGCUAAAAGAUUACCUGGUCGAUGAUUGCUUUUCCUCCUUUCCGAGGCUUGACUCUCAUGUCAUGUGUAAGUGUAACUAGUGCUCAUUCUUUGGACAGCAGGGAGCUGAUUCUUUCAUAGGAGUAGCAACAUAUAUUACCAAAGAUCGUCAAAGCUGUCUACCGCCAGUGUCUCGAGCUGUGUUUAGCCCGGCAUCACUGCUAGGCGUUGCUUGGUGUUGUUUCAGUAA